CGGGCUAAGUGGUGCGUUUCUGAAAUGAAACGAGCUGAUACUUGUUAGAAACACGUUGAAAUGAUUUGGGGAGAAAUGUUGAUUUCAGAUACCACGUCAAUUGGAGGGGGCGUCCAGCAGGGGGCGGUAGGAGCUGCUUUAUUUCAGCCCAGAAGAAGAAAACAAAUGAAAACAAUAUGGCAGCCUCCUCAGGACACGUUGAAACAGCGUCCGCGGGUCCAGAUUCUCAAGAGUCGCACAAAUCCGGAGCUCCAGAAACCACCAGAGACCCACAAGCCUCCGACUCAGACCUGGCAGAUACAGAACCACAACCGGAUCCCGAUGAGGACGACGACGAGGUUGGAGGGGAGCCACCCGGACCGAAGAUCCGAGAAACCCCGGGUGACAUCCGACUGGAGGCGUCCGCCAACACGGUGGCGCUUCAUCCGAGCCGGGACAUCCUGGUGUGCGGGGAUGUGGACGGGGACGUGUACGCCUUCUCCUACUCGUGUACGGAGGGGGACAACCGGGAGCUGUGGUCGUCCGGACACCACCUGAAGUCCUGCCGCCAGGUGCGCUUCUCCGCGGACGGGCUGAAGCUGUUCAGCGUGUCUCGGGACAAAGCCAUCCACCUGCUGGACGUGGAGCGGGGACAGCUGGUCACCAGGAUCCGAGGGGCGCACGAGAGUCCCAUCAACAGCCUGCUGCUGGUGGACGAAAACAUCCUGGCGACCGGAGACGACGGCGGAACCCUGAAGGUGUGGGAUAUGAGGAGGGGGGAGGCCAUCAUGGAUCUGAAACACCACGAGGAUUACAUCAGCGAUAUCACUGUGGACCAGGCCAAGAGGAUCCUACUCACCACCAGUGGUGAUGGGACCAUGGGUGUCUUCAACAUCAAGAGGCGGCGGUUUGAGCUGCUGUCUGAGUAUCAGAGCGGUGAUCUGACCUCCGUGGCUCUGAUGAAGCGGGGCAGGAAGGUGGUUUGUGGCUCCAGUGAGGGGACCAUUUAUAUCUUCAACUGGAACGGCUUCGGAGCCACCAGUGACCGCUUCGCCAUCAAAGCCGAGUCGGUGGAUUGCAUCGUCCCCAUCACUGACAACAUCAUGUGCACUGCUUCCAUGGACGGGUACAUUCGAGCCAUCAACCUCCUUCCUAACCGGGUCAUCGGCUGCAUCGGGCAGCACGUCAGUGAACCCAUCGAAGAGCUCGCCAAGUCCUGGGACUCCCGUUUCCUGGUCAGCUGUGCACAUGACCAGCUCAUCAAGUUCUGGGACAUUUCCAGUUUAUACAGCAUGACUGUCAACGAGUAUCGCAAGAGGAAGAAGAAAGACGGCCGAAUGAAGUCUCUUACCAAGAAAGCCCUCGGAGACAAUGACUUCUUCUCAGGACUUGUAGAGGAAACGGAGAAAAAGGAGGAAAAAGAGGAGGAGGAAGAGGAUGACAGUGACAGUGGCAGUGAUUAAAAAGCUGUUUAACUUUGGACACUUUAGUUCUAAAUAUGUGCAAAGACAUCUGCUGUCUGGCCGAGGCUUUAUGCAAAGUGCCUUAUGCUGUCUGGAGUAGAAAUGUUAUUAAAGGUGGCACUAUGGCAAACAUUAGCAGGUGCUGGACCUCUGAGCUUGGAAGUUACUGUAGAUAAUGGCCUUGAAACUAAUGGAAAUAUGAGGUUAAAACACAAAUGUGGGGCAUGAUCAAAGAAUGUCCCAGAAGAGUACUUUUUCCUUAAAAAAGAUGUCUCCAGAGGGUCUUGAUGAACAAAAUGUAAAAACAAAUGAGACACUAAAAUGCUGGGAAACAACUAUUAUAGUGGAAGGACUGGCUAUGGAACCUCAGUGCUUUCUGACAAAGCUUCUGACAACUUUAAGUACUGCAAACUGCAAUAGAAGGUGUGGUCACAUUUACCUUUGACAGUUCAUAAGUGAAAUCCACAUUUUGCCAAGUAUUGGUUCUCUUGACCAUGUUUGAGAAAUGUGACUACUUUCAAAAAUAAAUUUACCACAGAAAGUUUCUCAAAUAAAAAAAAAAAUCUUGCUUUUAUAUCAGUACCAACACUCGAAC